AUGAAUAAUACUCAGUCGAAUAUAACGAUCAAUUCCGAGUUGAAGAACCGCGACGCAAUGCCAACGUUAACCCUAUCGCCGGAUGCUGAUGGAAAAGACUACUUCGCAUCGCCCCGGGGUAUAACGUCGCAUCUACGUCGACAAAGCAUGUCGCUGACUGCCGUUAUCAACCAUAGAAGAGGCCUCCUCGGGGCGUUGAUUUCAGGUAUAGGUAGCAACAUGUCCCUGCCGUCGUGUAUACCUCAGGAUCAGGAGUUCUUGACAGGUCAACCGCCUGGAUUGAAGACUCUGGCGUUGAACAACCAAAGUCAUCCAGAGAAGAACGACAACGAUCCGCAAAAGCAACGACCGAACUUCUUGCCCCUGGCGCCCGUUAACACCGCCUGUGUAUCAGUGAACGCUCUGGAUGCUACGAGAAGUAAACAACAAAUCAUGGACCAACGAUCAAAGCCGAUGGGUAGGAGAAAAUGCCACUCGGAAAUGGUAUCGGUCAUGAGCACCCUUUACGCGAAAUUGCUGAUCGUGAUCGGAAUCGCGGUGCCGGUCACAGCCAGCGUGACCGAUAGAGUACCGCCUUUUAUGAAUCAGGGAUUUUACCUCUAUCUCUAUUUGGUCAGCGUCACUUUCGUGGUCGCGAUGUACGUGAUCGUUUUGAGGGACAAGGCUGUGAGGAGCUUGACGCAGAAGAACCAGAAGAAGCAGCAGACGUUUGCGUUCAAUGAGAAUGGAAAUCGCGAGAACAUCGGUCAGACGCAACAGUACGGCAGCUUUUGUCUGAGGCUCGGCGCAGUGGGAUUUGGCGCCGGCUCUCUAGUAUUUACGGGAUUGCAAAUUGGGGCGGAAAUAGCUUCCGGCCCGUUCAGGGCGAUUACACCGGGUGCCAGGCUGCUGUUGGUCACCGCUCAGAUGCACUUCAUAUUUCUGAACAGCAAGAGCCUCGAGUUGUCCAAGCACACCGCCUUCGCGAAGUUGGGCCUGAUGCAUAUGAUCGCGAACAAUCUUUGCGAAUGGCUGCAGGCUCUAGUCGAGGAGACGCAAAACGAGAUCGAACAGCUGGGCCACACGCACGACGACGAGGUCGGGAUCCUGAAAUCAUUGUUGCGAGACGCGAGCCCGUUCCUUUUCCCGUGCACAAUCGAAUUCAGUUUAAUUUGCGCGGUGAUACUAUUCGAGAUGUGGAAGAGGGUGGACGAGAAGAUCGAUGCAAAGGGCGAGUGCUCGACGAGAUCCUCCUAUCACCUUAGCAUAGAUUGCAGCAGCUCUCACAGAGGUCUUUUCGGCGGGAUUUUGAUCGUCGCCACGACGGUGCUGAGUCUGAUCAUGUUCUUCGUCCUGAAGGAGGCCAAAAUGCACAUAGCGAUCGUACAGGUCACCGCGUUGGACGCGACCAUACUCGCGUUAGGUAUGCUCGUUUCGAUCGCCGGAACUUUGAAGCUACAAUCGCUCCAGCAAAAAAUAAUCAAACCGUCGGACCUGGACACCACGUUAUUGGCGGCAGCUCAAGCGGGCGUGUAUCUCCAUUGCCUUUUUGGCGUUGUCGGCGAUAUAUUAACUAUGGGGCCGACGUGGGUGCUGUCGUUGAUCACGGAUUUAUUGGCUCUGAUGCAGAGCACUAGCCAAACUUUGCUCAUUAAAAUCGCGUGGGGAAGACGUUGCUCGAGGAACGACAAGCCCGGGAAGGAGUUGAUCACAUUCCUGAUAGUCGUCAACAUCGCCCUGUGGACCGUGAACACCUUGGAGAAGUCUCGAGCUGGCGUACGUCCAGAUCACCUGCAAUUCUUCGGCGUUUGGGCGUGGACGAUCAUCACCCACGUGUCGAUGCCACUCGCUAUAUUCUAUCGAUUUCACUCCGCCAUAUGUCUAUUCGAGAUAUGGAAGACGUGUUACAAGUGUCGGUCGACAAGCGUCAUGCACACACCUUGCUGAACCUUUUACGUACCCCCUUGAUAUCUGGCCCACACCCGUGACGGCACGACGGUUUCGGAUGUUAACAGACGAGCGUGCCAGUGUCUUUUAACGACCGUGUUGCGCCACACUGGAGCGCAAACUUGAACAAGCGCAACGAAAUUGCAUUACUCUUCGACCUUCCCUUUAAUUACCGAGCUAUUAAAAGGGCGGAGAGACGGGUGGGAGGGAUAGCGACGAAAGGAAGAAGAAAAAGAAGAAAGCGGGGGCGACCUUUCGCAAAUAACAACGUUACACACAGGGACAUAGGGGGACGAAACUUCCCCCGUGGUGCCCGCCACCUGGCCACCGCACGUAACUUCUAAGCCGGCCACGAGACAAAGGGUAAAAGGGGGCGCUUCAAAGAGAGCCGAGCACACCGUGAACGAACGCGACGCGACGCGGGGCAUGGUUGCCGAAUCGAUAUAGAGAG